AAGAAACUCUCUCUUUCUCUCUUUCUCUUUCUGAAUAUCUUCCAGCCAGCAUCUUUUUUUUGUCGUGUGUAUAUACUUAUACUAGACUAUGCUGUAACUUUGCAUCGCUUCUAUUUCCUUCUAGACCGACCAUCUCCUAUUCCAAUGGAGUCAGCCAGUCCCCCAUCUUCACAGGACUCCGUACCCUUGACGCAAUCGCUUCAUGACGUGUUGUCCGGCCUCCAUCAACGCCCGUACCCUCAUGUCCCCAACCCUCCGAAUUGCAAGAAACGUGCCUCGGUUGCCCUUAUCCUGCGAGUCCGACCUACAUAUGAACACUGGCCAGAGUCUACUUCUACCUCUUCCGGGGAGACGGACAAUUCAGCGUCUGUCCAGCAACGACUAGACACAUUCUUCUCCCAAUCGUGGGUUCACUAUGGUCAACCAGAGGCGCUAUUUAUCAAGCGAGCCUCGCGCGUGGGAGACAGAUGGACCGGUCAUGUUGCUCUCCCGGGAGGCAAGCGAGACCCUGAAGAUCCAGAUGAUAAAGCAGCGGCGGUUCGGGAAGCCUCAGAGGAGAUUGGACUGGAUCUAACCACGGAGGAUUGUGUGUAUAUCGGCAACCUGCCCGAAAGAGUUGUAACGACGAGCCUGGGCACAAUACCGCUGAUGGUCCUAUGCCCCUACGUCUUCUUGUUAACAUGCAGUGACUCACCAACAUUGAAGCUACAACCCACCGAAGUGGCCUCGACCCAUUGGGUGCCGCUAAAAGCGCUUUUGUCGGCUUCUUUACGCACUGUAGAGCAUGUGGACAUGACUCAACGCCUCGCAAACAUGGGAGGCAUCAUGGCCCGGGUUGCGUCUCGUUCCUUGAUGGGCUACAUGCAGUUUCCCGCAAUCCGACUGGCCCCAACUGAGAGCCUCCAAAGCAACACAACCCCCGGGCUCACCCCCCAAGAUGAGCAAAGACAGUCGCUGUUCCGGCGGUUGACUUCAUGGGGUAGAAGUAGUUCUGCUGACCAAGAUAUCGGAAUAAGUCGCCCCUUGCUCCUCUGGGGAUUGACGCUGGGGAUUAUGGCGGACUUCUUGGAUCUGCUUCCUCCACACACAGCUGUCAAGCUUUGGCACUACCCCAACUUCACAGCCCCCGACUUACGACUGCUUAUCAACCUGCUCACAUAUCGUCUGCGAAAACGCAAUAGGCGCUUGGUUGAGAGCGGAGCUAGACCGAAUAAUACUGCGGUGGAUGCUCAAACAGCGGCCGUGCCAGUAAUAGAGAUCGAUUGCAAUGGCAGUAGCAGUCAAAACAAUAUUGGGAUUGAAGGACUUGGUGUGGGUCAAUACUACGGGCCUUCCGACAAGGGUCUGAAUGGGAGCACAUAUGCGCUGGAAAUAAUGCUUCGAGGCUAUUAUGAUCGGCUCCGACUAGCCCUUUACAUUUUCGUAGCAUGGAGGAUAGCCCUGGGCUCCACGGCGGCCUUCUAUGCAUGGAAAUUUCUUCGUCAGGUCCGCCGAUGAUGGCGAUGGCGAUGAUGAUGAAGAAGAUGACCCUGCCAUUAUUCCGUGGACUGUAUAUCUAUCGAUUCUGAGUUGAACAUACAGUAGUAUAAAUGACUUUCUAC